UGCUCCAUAGUUUUGGUUAUUUACCCUUUUUCUCUCUUAAGAUUCUAAUAUAAAAAAUGUUAUUUUUCGUGAAUUUGAUUGGCAUGUCGAGCUCGAACUUAUUCUCUUUCUAUUUCUGUUAGAUUGACUUGAGCUGAUGGCAAGUUUUGAUAGCUUACCAAUAACUUGUUGAAGAUUUUUACUAGCUAUAGUUUCUCUGGUUUCCAAUGAUUGCUUAGAGAAAUGUAGUAGAGUUGUAAGAGUUGGUUAUCCUACAACUGGAAUUAAUAUUUGCAUGUGGCAUAUAAAACGCCCAGUUAUGGGAUUGCAGGGACACUUGGAUGCUUAGGACCUUGUCUUACUAUUGUUUAUUUGUGAAUUGCCUUCAACUGCAUUCAGUUUUUUGUUUUAGGGUUGACUUGACCAUUUCUUUAAUAUGAAAUUCUCCUCAAUUCUAUCAGCUACCAAGUAAAUUGAGUUUUUAACUUUCAUUUUGGAUUGGCAACUGCUUGUAAAUCCAUGCUUUAAUUUGUUUAUUCAGUUUUUAUGAACACCCUACUUAUCAUUCUCACAUGAGAUAAAAACAAUAAGUAUUUAGCAGCCUUUGUACUUUGGUUAGAAUCAUUGUAUGAAUGGUUUAUCUUUCAGGAAAAAUUUCAUCCACCAUGAGCAGAUGGCUUAGCAAAAUUUUUAAAGGCUUCAGCCAUAAUGCUUCAGAUCGCCAUUACCACGGAAAUUAUGGAGAGGAUCCUAAUUAUUAUGCUCCGUCCACUUCAGGGGCUGUGUGGUCAGAGCGGGAGAAUGAAGAUAUUGAUCGUGCUAUUGCAUUGUCCCUUUCAGAAGAACGUCAGAAUGGAAAAUUUGUUACUGAUAAUGAGACUCAGCUGGAAGAAGAUGAACAACUUGCUAGAGCUAUACAAGAGAGCUUGAAUGUUGAAUCUCCUCCUCAGUAUGGAUAUGGAUAUGGAAAUGGCAAUGCAUACCAAGGCAAUUUAUAUCAACCUGUCCCAGUCCAGUUUCCAAUGGGAUAUAGGAUUUGUGCUGGUUGCAAUACAGAGAUUGGUCAUGGAAGAUUUCUAAAUUGCCUCAAUGCAUUCUGGCAUCCAGAAUGUUUCCGGUGCCAUGCCUGCAACCUACCAAUUUCUGAUUAUGAGUUCUCUAUGUCUGGGAAUUAUCGUUAUCAUAAAUCUUGCUACAAGGAGCGGUACCAUCCGAAAUGUGAUGUUUGCAAGUACUUUAUUCCAACAAACCCUGCUGGUCUUAUUGAAUAUAGGGCACAUCCUUUUUGGGUCCAAAAAUACUGCCCAUCUCAUGAACACGACGGUACUCCUCGGUGCUGCAGCUGUGAGCGAAUGGAGCCACGAGACACAGGAUAUGUUGCGCUUAGUGAUGGUCGGAAGCUCUGCCUAGAGUGUCUGGACUCAGCAAUCAUGGACACCAAUCAAUGUCAGCCCAUUUACCUUGAUAUACGUGAAUUUUAUGAAAGUUUGAAUAUGAGAGUGGAGCAGCAUGUCCCACUACUCUUGGUUGAGAGACAAGCGCUGAAUGAAGCCCGGGAAGGGGAAAAGAAUGGCCAUUAUCAUAUGCCAGAAACCAGAGGACUUUGUCUUUCAGAGGAACAAACAGUCAGCAGGAUACUCAGGCGGCCCAGGUUUGGUGCAAGAAACUGGGCUAUGGAUAUGGUAACAGAGCCCUACAAAUUGACACGUCGGUGUGAGGUGACAGCAAUUCUCGUUCUGUUUGGCCUCCCAAGGUUGCUUACCGGGUCAAUCCUGGCUCAUGAGAUGAUGCAUGCAUGGAUGCGACUUAAAGGUUUCCAACAUCUCAGUCAAGAUGUUGAAGAGGGCAUUUGUCAGGUUCUUGCAUAUAUGUGGUUAGAGACACAGCUCCAAACUGGUUCAGGCAGCAAUGUUGCUUCAUCCUCUGCUUUGCGAGCGUCAAAACAGGGUGUAAGAUCUCCAUUUGAGAGGAAGCUGGGGGAAUUUUUUAAGCAUCAGAUUGAGUCGGACACUUCUCCAGUAUAUGGAGAUGGAUUCAGAAUCGGCCAUCGAGCAGUGCAAAAAUACGGCCUUCAAAGUACACUCGAUCAUAUUCGAAUGACAGGGCGAUUUCCAUAUUGAAGUCCUGAAUCUUGAAGUCUUACCAUGUUUUUCUUUAACAUAGUUAAAAAGCUUUGGUCUUUUCCUUAUAUGAUCCCAAGGCCUAAGCACACUGCACAUAGGAAUUGUUUUCUAGAGAGUAGUUUUUAGCAGUCCUGAUUUGUUCUUGGUCUCAUGGGUAUGAUGCCAUUGAAUAGUUUUUUUGGGUUAAUUUAUUAAUCUAAUGAGAAAUAUUCAUUCUUUGAUUUCA